AACAUUCUGUCAUUUGUCAGUCAACCAAAUUUACAAACACAUUUCAAUUUUAUGUUAUUUCACAAUUAAAACCUAAAAUAAUAAAAAAAUGGCCUUUAAUUCCGUGAAUAUAUCGGUAGAAGCGCCAAUAGAAAAUCAAAUUCAAGAAAUAACAUACGAUGGCACCGAAAUCUACCAACCGCCGCUAACGUUGUCAGAAAGUCUCGCAAAAUACGCACAAAAAAUCGACUUUAGUAAAACAACGGAAGCAGAGGUGAAAAAAGAAGUAGAAUCGAGUGAUGAAGGCAAAUCUGACUCUGACAGCAAAGACGCUUUCCAAUCCUCUUUGUGGCCUUGGGACUCGGUGAGGAACAAACUCAGAAGCGCCCUAACCGAAGUGUGCGUCCUCGCCGAUGUUUUAUCCAUUGCCAAGGAGAAAAAAUACAUGGUGUUGGACCCCGUUUCACAGGAACCGUUGGAAACUAAACCUAUGGUACAGAUUUACGCCCGGAAAAAAGCAUUGUUUGGUGCAUCUCAUGUCUUGCUAACUGGGGCGGAAAAACUAAAGGCAUGCCAAAAUGAACUGGCACGAAACCGUACAACACCCGGUUUCCAUAUCGAGUUGCUGCGACUGCGCCAGAAUUGGCGACUGAAAAAGGUUUCGAACACCAUAAUCGGAGAUUUAAGUUACAGGACGGCCGGUUCGAAAUACUUACAGUCGGGCACCUUUGAAGUAAUGAAGGCGGAGGAUGAAGACAAGACCAACAGUCCUCCGAGCAGCCCCGUGCCGUCCGCUGCUACGACUUCGAAAAGCGCCAGCGCUCUGAGAGUUCAGAUUCCGUCCGAGUUGCAGGGGGUUGCUUAUAUUGAGGUUUUAUGUCAAAAAGACCAAGAAGACUUGUGCAGCAUCAAUCUGAAUUUAUUGGGUUCGGGAUCGUCGUCCCCGAGUCCAGACCUUCAUUGGCAACAGAAACUGGAGGCGGCACAAAAUGUGCUUUUCUGCAAAGAAUUGUUUAAUCAACUGGCCAAAGAAGCAGUCCAGUUGCAGUCUCAAAUACCGCACAUGGUCGUUGGUAAUCAGAUUAUGGCAACAAUUUUACCCGGAAUCCAAUGUAUAAUAGGGUUGUGUCACACGACGAACGGUGAAAAAAAGCCACAAGCUCCAGUGCCCAACAGACCUGAGCACGAUCACGUUCUUGAGCACAGUUUGCACCAGUUAUUGAGAGAGGUGCACCACAAAAACACCCACCAUCCGUUUCCGCAUCCGGCCACGGGACCGUUGGGACCAUCCAAGAAACGAAUGCUCGCAGGUCCGAUGGCCGCGGAUCGGCACGAACUUCUCGAAAUGACAAAAACCGAAACGCUUCUGGAGCAAAUCGUGAAACAAGCACAGCACUUCAUAAUGCGCAUGCGCACUGAAUAUGUACUAGAUACUAUAGCGAAGGAAGUCAAAGAUCCGUUGAUCUGUUCGCACUGGAACACGCUGAACAGUCCGUUGCAGUCGUGCGUUAAAAUUAAUAUAUCCACGCACGGUUACGACGCGGUUUGCCGGACGCCGCUGGUCAUACAUAUCGGCACGAGGAAUUUGAAAUGUAUUUGCAGGGAUGGCAAAGUCAUGAAUAUGAGUUAUGAACCACAGGAGUUGAGAGAUUUAAUUUUUUGUCAUAUCAAUCAGCAUCAAAUUUUGGCUGUUCAGGCGCUUGCUAGAACCAUGGGCUGGCAAGCAUUAGGUAAUUCAAACCAUUUAGGGACAGGACCAGUUGAACCUUUGGGCAAUGCUAGCUCGUGUCUUCUGGCGUCUCCUACAGGCGACAGGAUAAUAGCAGUAAAAUGCGUGCCAAAUCAGAAUGCAAUCCAAGUUUCAGUUGCUCAUUCGCCCAGGACUGACUUCUUUCCCAGUCGUCUCGUUACAGAGAGGAAAUGGGAACAUUUGGGUGGGCAAUUUAGAGAUGUUAGAUUGGACAAGAUGGAAGGUCGAAAUUUUUUGCACAAGAUGGAACUGUUGAUGGCCAGUCUCACUAGUAAUUUAUAGAUUUAAGUACAUAAUUCGUUAGUAUUAAUUUGGUUUAAAAUAUUAUUUUAAAAAGUUUAAUUUUAUACAGUUAUUUAAUUGGAAUAAAUAAAUGUUUUGUUUGA